GCUGAGUCUCUUCCCCCUCGAACUCCCCGUUGCGUCCCCGUUGACGAUUAGAACUAGAGAUCGUUCUCAGCCAUCAUUCAAGCCCAUGCUCGAUUUAUCUGGUCAGAUCGUAAUCUAAACCUCCAAUAUCACCCAGGGCACUGGGCACAUUCAGAGCCUGAGGCUUACAGAUUCACACUCACGGCUGCCUGCCAUCCUUGGCGUUGCGACUCAGUAUAACAUACACGACAUUGCACACGCUCUUGACAACUUUUAACCUCCUCUCUCCGAUACUGCACCUGCGUCAUGUCGACGUCCCAGUCGCCUCUAGUCGGCUCCAUUCUCGAGCGCAAACCCCAUUCGAACCCCAGCGCACCAUCCUUCAGACCCACAUUGUCAGGCAAGACUGGGUUUCCGUCCGUCCAGCACCGCUCAAAGAGCGCGUUUGCGCGUGCACGAGAGGAGCAGAAGAAGGGCGAACCGAGUAGACCACAACAUGUGCCCGUUGUUCAGCCUACGAUGAAAGUGCAAAUUCCUCAGCCGAAAGUCGCUGGCAAGCCUGCGGCAGGAGAGUCUGGUGACUGGCGGAGACAGAUCGAGGAGGACAAUCGAAGACGAGUGGAGGCUAUGACGGAGGCAGAGCGCGAGCAAGAGCGGAGAGAGAUUCUAGAAAAGUUCGGGCCCAAUGUAGUUGAGAUCCUACGGAAGGCCAAGGAGGCUCGGGAGCGCAAGGGGAAGCAGACCGAAGGAGCAGAAGAGAUCCCUGUGGUCCCGGAAAGUCCUUCCACAUCCCCACCACUCUCGGCAGAUGGGCGAACUUCUCGACCUUCAAGUCCUCCUCAGUCUGCCUUGUCCAGACCUGGAACGCGUCCUUCAAGCCGAGCAGAGCGAAGAAUCCGGUUUGCGGAACUCACACCUACGGACAUUCACGUUUACGAGUCCGCCCCGCCUUCUCCACGCAAGAAGGCGCUCGCGCUCCCCCCGCCAUCUCCGGCCGACGGGCCCACCACGUCACUCGGUGAAUGGAAAGGUAGCCUAGGGCCAAUCCGUCGGCGAGACGCGCAGGCGCCAGCUGUCGAUCCCUUCGCUGCAUCCCUGAGCACCCUGGAGGAGGGCACGCCCGAGGACAUCCGCAGGCGGUUCUUCCCCACAGCGCCUGCACACGACCCAUCGCUCCAGUGGAUCGAGGGCGGUCCGUCCUCGGCGGCGUCUCAGUCUCAGUCGCAGUCAAAGUCCGAGACGGGGCUUGACUCGACGCUCCGCUUUGACUUGACGGGCACGCCGAUCCCACCGGAGCUGUCCGCGACGUUGCCCACGCAUCUUGGCCUGCAUCAUCAUGCCGACGGGGAUCGCGCUGGGUACACGCUCGAGGACGUCUUCUGGCUCUCGCGUUCGACAGUUCCGGCGCAGCGUGCGACGAUGCUUGGCGUGCUCGGGCGUAUCGUGAGAAGGCUGGGCAAGGGGCGUGCGCAGGACCCGGGGCAGGGCAUCCCACAGUUGCAGGGACAGGCCGACGCCAUCCGCAAGCGAGUGUUGGCUGCGGGCGUCGAGGCGAUGGGCGAGCGCGGUGGCGUAGGUGCACGGGCUGUUGAGGCGAUAUGGGAGUGCGUCGUCGGGUGGGACGAGGAGGUCGUCGCCAUCGAAGGUGUCGAACUGCAAAUCGCUCGUCAGACGGAAUCGUCGCCGACAGAGACAGACAGCAAAGGGAAGGACAUCUUGGCGAGCCUACCCUUGGAAACCGUCCUCACGCAGAUCAGCAAUGCGUUCGCGACGGGUGCGCAACCUGCAGAAACACACACACAAUUGCUGGCGAUCCUCCAUCGCCUGGCACAGCACACUAAUGGCAUGGCGAACGCCGUCGUCUCGACUACCGGCCUUGUCGCAAGCGUGAUCCAGAAGUUCCUUCUUACGCCUAUUCCCCCUACCGAUACCUCUCCACUUCCUGACCCGUUCGCGCUGCAAGUCCUCAUCACACUCGCUUGCGCAUCACGCACAAACGCUUCUGCAUUACUCGACCCUGCAGAUGCCCUCCUGCGCUUCGUGAUCACUCUCCCUCCAGCAUCGUCGUAUCCCCUCGCGUUGGCCACCGCACUCCUCCACGGCACUUUACGACUCUACACCGUGUUCGCAUCAUAUGGCCUCUAUUCGCACAUGGCGACUACCGCAUCCGAGCAUUUCGCAAAGCUCGGUCAGUAUGUCCUCUCGGAGGAAUGCCGAUCGCGGCAAUUGCGCGAGGCGUGGCUGUCCUUGCUCGAGGCAUGGAUGGUCUGUGCGCGGGACCCGCACCGCACGACACCCGGGCACGAGAUACUGUGGAGCCAAGUCGCCGGCUGGGGUUGGGGCGACGACGUUCUGGAAAUGAGGGACAGGCUGGCAGAAGACGACGGCGCCGUGUGGACUGCCCUUUGGCGUGCGGCGGCGGCAUGGCUCGAGGGUGCGAGGAUUAACAGCGUCAGGGGAGGCGAAAGGGAGAGGGACACCGUUGUCACAGCGGUUCAAACCGGCUUCCGUGAGGGCCUGGAGAAGAUCAUCGUCGAGAAUUCUGGGAGGGCCCUUAGCAAGGUUAUGGGGCAGUUGUCCGCUGCUGGCGUACAUGCUCUGGGAGCGGAAGACCUCCCUCAGUUGCAAGACAUGGCUGAACACGCCAGCCGGCUUGCAGCAGCAGUGCGCCUCUGGUUAGCAUGCAUCGCGCCGCAGUCAAGUGGCACGCCGGACUCUCCGCCUUUCCAGCUGCCCUAUCGCGAGCUCUCGGAUCUCUGUGCGCAGAUCACGACUCAUCCGAUCUGGGACUCUGUGUUCGCCAAGGGAUCCGUCUCUUAUGGUCUUGUGUUCUGCAGGCCACUCUCCUUGCUACUCUCUUCCUACCUGCAGCUCUCCCAUCACACGCCUGGAGUCUCGGACGACCUGUGGAUGGCGCAGGCGUUAGCGAUCCAGUCCAGACUCAUCCCAGGAGACGAAGAGGUUGCUCGGCACACCGUCAAAAUCGUAUUGGAUCAUAUCACACCGGACUUCAUGGAUGCACGAGGGUGGACCGUCCCUCCAAUAAUAUGGGAGAAAGGCGGAAUGGACGCGAUCAAACCUUUCCUGACCUUCUCGCUUCGGCCGAAAGAGGAUGCAUGCGUCGCCCCUCAGUGGAUGUCGCCGGAGUCGAUUUCGCUCUCGACUACGCAAAGGCUGCCUCCUGCGGGAGCUCUGACCGUGAAUAGUCGACGAAAUAUGCCACUCCCUCUCACGCACGACUGGACUUUCUCGCCCCUCAAUUACCUGCUGCGUUCGGGAGACUCCGACGUAUUCAAGUCGUUGCCAUCUUCUUGGGACGCGUCCGAGACGGAGGUAGUGCGGGCCAGUCUACUGCUAGCACGUGUUGUACGAGAGGUCUUGCAGCUGCAUGGCCUUCAAGCAUUCACGAUGUCCCGCGAGGAGACGGUGUUCUCUUGCAUGAAGGUGUUCAUGCUCGAGCACGGUCAGCAGCAUAACGACUCCACGGAGGAGGUCUUCCGCGACAAAGUCGUGGGGCAGUUCAUGGACGACCUCGUUGCGCCUUUCGCAGCGAGCGCGUCGUCCAGUUCGCUGACUCUGCCCUCAUCGAGCAGGACUUCCCAGAGCCUUGAAGGUGUUGCGACACGCUUCCUCGGAUCUGGCACGCCGUUCUACCAGUUCUACACGGACUUCGUUGCGCUGUAUGACGCGAUAUCCUUCUCCCACCCGCUCUUCGCUCGACUCUUGCUGCCUCCUACGUCGAUGCGGUACCCAGUGGACUACAGGAAAUUCCUAUGGGCUGACUACGGGCACCUCCUGAAGACUAUUCGGACUCCCAUUGAAGGAGUUCUGACCGACAACAUUGGCGAAUACCUGUGGCCCGUCGAGCGCGACCCGGAAGUAGUCGGCGCUCACUUGCGUGCGCUGGUGAAAGGGCUGCCCGAAGGCUUCCUCCGCUUCAUCGCUGUCCACCACGUCGCGUGUAAUAUCUGGCAAGAUAUCUCUGAUGUCACAGAGGAGAAAGCACAGAGGCUUCUCGAAGCCAUUGUCGACCAGGGCAGCCUUGACGUCAUCCGGGAGGUGAUGUGCUACCGACAAGUGCGGGAAGGGACUGCUUUACUUCCUUCUGAGUGCUUCGCGCAAAUGGGAGAAUGGAAGACCAGACGAUUGGAGUUUGUCACCAAAGUCGGUGGGCCUAGCAUGGCCGAUCGUAUGAAGGGACUGUUCGCGGAAGCCUGACUACAACUUGAAGAUUGAGAACGUACUCGUAUAUUGUAGCAGACAAGAAAGACAGAAUAAUGUAUCUAUACUCCCUAUGUAAUGCUAUGCAAUAUACGCUCGAUGUACAACUCGA